AUGUUUAGCAAUCCUUAAGAUGAUAAUCUUAAAAUUGUUCAUGAAGCAGACAAUGAAACAGAGGAAACAAUUACUCAUAUGAACAAUAAUUCUAUAGUGCAUCAUCCAAGAAAUGGAUCAAAUAAUCAACCUAACCAUUAAAGCCCUAGAUACCCUCAGGCAAAGUACAAUUAUCUUGAACCAAAUAAUUAGAAUAGGAAUGAGGAAGAUAAUCAAGUAGGAUCAUAAAUGCUGAAACCUGUAGCAAAAAAAUAUGUAAAGCCAAGUGAAAAUUUCCCUGCUCAUAAAAGUCAGAUAAAUGACAUUGAUGAUAAUAGUUUUAAUGAAAAGGAUAGAAAAUAAAAUAAAAACGGAGAAGAUGAGUUGCAAUAAGAAUUAAGAAAAACACAAAGUAGUUUAUAACGUUUGAAAAAAUAAAAUGAAUUUGUAACCAAUAAUAAUAAAUUUUAUUCUUCCAAACCAAACGACACUCUUUAAUACCACACUUUUCGUGAUAAAUUUUUAGAAGAAAAUAAUAAUUUGAGACACAAUUUACACACUCCUGAGGAGAAACCUGUUCGCACUCCAAAUAACUAUAAAAGAGUCAAAAAAAAUUUCUAUGACACGAGCAAGCCAUUUUAUCCAAAUAAUGAUAGAGAGGAUAAAACUUUAGAUGAAGCAGUUACUAAUAAUUUAGAAGAAAGGAAUAUGAUUGAUAGAAUUUAAAGAGAUAUUGAUAGAGAAAAGUAGGAAUUCUUAAAUAAAUAUUAAACUAAAUACUUAGAUGAGCCAUACAGCAGCAAAUAUGAUUAUCCUGCAGCACCUGAAGAAAGCGAAAACCCAAUUUCUAGCUAAACAAAGAAAAAAAAACCUAUAAAUCCAAUUAGAAAUGAUAGUGGAAUAAGCGAUGAUAGCCUUGAAAAUAAAAAUUAAAAAAAUAAAUUAGACUAUAAUAGUCCUGAUUAAGUUCUAAAUCAUAACAACCAUGCAUUAGACCAUUAUCCUCAUAAAUCAAAUGUUAGAAAUGAAUAUCCUUAUAAAGAUGAUGAUGAUCAAGUAUAGUAAUAUGACCAUUUAGUCUAUCCUGAAAGCUAUAAGCAGUUUUAAGAAAAGAGCAGCCCUAGACAAAUUACCCUUGCCAGUUAUAAAGACAUAUAUUUAGAAAGAUAAAAUAAAGAACUAUUUGCUCCAAGAAACGUCCCUAAAAAUAUUCCUUUAGAAGAGGAAUAGGAAUUGAAUUAAUUAGAUUAAUUAAGACCUAGAAGACAUAAUGAAACAGAAGACGAAGAUUUACUUCCUUAAAUGAAAAAUAUGAAUGAAGCCCAACAAAGAAAAGAUAUUCUACUUAAAAGUAAGCUUUAAGAUGAACCUAAAAGCAGAAAGAAUUCGGAAUUAACAUACAAUUUUAAAACAAAUGAAACUUAAAUGCAAAUGCAUUACUUAAAUAACAAUAAAUAAGAGCCACUUGGUGAGAGAGAUUUAAUUAAUAAACUUUCAUCUACAUAUAAUGUCGGUUAAUCUAUUAAGGACUAUAAAAAAUAAAAAGAAGCAUUAAAGUCCACAAUAAGAAAAAGACUAACUCCUUCCACAGAUGAUGACAACUUUAGUCUUAAAGAUAAGGCUGAUUUAGAUUAGGAAACUCCAAGAGCUACUCCAAAAGGAUUGCUUUCAAAAACCGGCAGUGUAAGAGGAACUCCUAUCGAAUUCAAUUCAAACGGAAAAUAUAAUCCAAGCUAAACAGAAUUAGAUAUUGACAAAGUUUAAAAUUUAUAGAGAGGAUACUCCACUAAAUAGCCUAGCUAAGCUUACAUAGCUGAAAUACCUUUAUCAACAAGAAAUUCAUAAAGAAGAGACUUUUAUGGAAACCCUAUCAAUACUAACAAUAUUAACAAUAAUGAUUAUGCUCCUAGAAUGCCUAGCUCUACUAGGAAUAUCUAGUAACCAAAUUAAAGAUAUAGCUCAUAACCACGCCCUUCUUCAAAAGUAUACUCGAAACAAAUGGAUAACUUUGUCAAUUAUCCUAACCCUUCUAAUCCUCUAGAAAAAGCUAAUAGCAGAAAUUUAGACGAAACCGGAUUGCAUUUAAGGACAAGAAUCGAUACUUAAGGAGGUGUCUAUCCAAGAAACUUAUUGUCUUAGUCUGUCAAAAAAACACCUAACACAAAUUUAGAUUUAAGCAAUUUAUCAAAUAAUAACAACUAAGAUGCUCCAUUAGAGAUGCAAAGUGCUCGUAUUCCUCGUAAAAAUAAUGAUUUAAAAACUUAGUCUGUAAAUAUGACACCAAGAGAAAGUACAAAAGAAAAAAUAUUUAAACAACUAGAAAAUCCUAGCGAAUUAAGUUAAAAAAAAGAUCCUAAAAGGCACUUUUUAGAACCAUAAAUGGAUGAUUUUGCACUUAUUGAUAAAAAGAAUAAUCAUAGUUAAAUAAAUAGUUUAAAUAAUUCAAGAAUCGAUAGUGACUUUUCUUAAAGAAGUACAAUCCAAAAGCCCAUAUUGUACCCAUCUAGAAGACUUCCUAGUAUAAACAAAGGAAAAAAUGACAUGGGAUUUAAUAUUUCUAAAUGUUGUCAUGACAAAAGUCCACCAAGAAGUAGCGAUUUUAGUGGAUCAAGAAGAUACACAUAUGGCUAGAAUUAUGGAUGCACAAAAUAAGUAAAAAACUCUGGAUAAUAAUGUAUAAAAUGCCCUGUUUGCACAAGUUAGUUAAAAGUAGAAAGAAUAGGAUAAUUCUGA